ACAAAAGCCGACUUGGCGCAAACCCCAUUUACUUCAAUGUUCCUAUUGAAACUCAUACCUACUUCCUCAAUAUUAUUAUUGUUUAUAUAAGAUACUCGGAAAAUAAGUAAGAGAAUAUAGCACUCCUCUUACACAGCUUAUAUACCAACUACUUAACCUAGUACUCAGAACUGAAUCAUUCACUUUACCGGGUCAAAUCGGCAAAAAUGGCACCUCAGAUAUUAUGGAUCGGCUUGGGGAACAUGGGAAACGGAAUGGUAAAGAAUCUAGUGGAGAAGGGCAACCUAGACAAACCUCUCAUACUCUAUAACCGGACCAAGAAGCGUUCAGAGGAACUAGCGGCUAAGCUUCCCGCGGGCAAGACAGAGAUAGUCGAUUCUAUCGAGGAGGGCCUGAAAAAGGCCGACGUCGUUUUCACUAUUGUUUCCAACGACGCCGCGGUGACUGCUAUUUUUGAUACCUUCUUGAAAAAUGACGUUACGGGCAAGUUGUUUGUUGAAUGUUCCACCAUCGCCCCGGAAACGGCGGAGCAGGUGGCCAAGUCGAUCACCGAGAAAGGGGGUCAGUUUGUAGCAAGUCCCGUAUUUGGUGCACCGGCAGCAGCUCAAGCAGGACAACUCAUCUUUGUCCCUGCCGGACCAAAGUCCAGCAUAGACAGACUACGCCCGUACACCAAGGGCGUGAUGGGCAGAGCCGAGAUCGCGUUCGACGACAAGCCGUACGGCAACGCGCUCAAGCUCAAGCUGCUGGGCAACAGCUUCAUCCUGAACAUGGUGACGGUGCUGGGCGAGGGCUACACUCUGGCAGAUAAAAGCGGCCUCGGCAGCGAUCCAUUGAAGCAGUUCGUCGAUCUGCUGUUUGGCGGCGUGUACAGCGUCUACUCGGAACGGAUGAUCAAUGGCACGUACUGGAAGAUGGAGGAGCCGCUCUUCUCGGCGAACAACGCACGCAAGGACGCGGGCCACGCCAUGAACAUGGCCAAGAAGGCGGGCGCGGAGCUGAAGCUGGUGGGGGUUGCGGAUGAGUAUCUGAAGGGGGUUGCAGAGCAUGCAGGUGGUGAUAAGGGGGAUAUCGCGGGUAUGUAUGGCAGUGCUAGAAAGAAUGCUGGGUUGAAGUUUGAGAAUGACGCUUGAUGGAUAUAUAUUAUUGAUGAUGGAAUUGUUAUAUCAAAUUAAAUGAAAUAUGAAAUUAAAUAAAAGAGAAGCCAGGUUGAUUAGGAUGAGUAUUGAGUAUUGAGUGUUGAGUGUUGAGUGUUGAAAAGUUCAAAAUCUCAAGAAUGAACAUUUAGUUAUGUACAUA